AUGGCCGAAGACGGACAUGGGAGAGUGCCGCACAUCAAGGCGCUCGUGUUGGAUGCUGCGCCGCUGCUGACACAGGCACGCAUAGCAGGGCUUGCAAACAAAUACUAUAUUCCUCCGUCCGUCCUCGCGGAAUUGCGCGAUGUGCGUGCGCGCGACUAUUUGCAGCACUUGCAGGCGACAGGGCAAAUCGAGCUCGAGGUGCGUGCACCGGGUGCGGAAGCGCUGCGCUGUGCGAUCGACUUUGCGAAACAAACAGGAGACUAUGCGGUGCUAUCUGCUCCUGAUGUACACGUUCUUGCAUUGACUUACGCUUUGGAGGUAGAGAUGCAUGGGACGUGGCAUGUGCGCGAUGUUGUCGGUGGGAAGACGGGGCAGCAGCAGUAUGAGGCAAAGCGGCUGGCAGAGAAGGGAGAGAGAAAAGGUGCUGCGGACAGUGCAGUGCAAAAGACGGACGCCACGCUUGAAAAGGAUAGUGCGACGCAGCCGGACACGGACGGAUUUACGGUUGUCGAUGCGGCGCAUGGAUUUGAUCCAAGCCCAAAACCUGCCCAAGCGAUUGCACCCUCUCCAGUACCACUCCCUGACGAGGAAGACAACGAGCAAAUCGGCGGCGAAUGGAUCACGCCGACCAACAUCACCAAGCACAAGAACAAGGCACUGGGGCUGGUUGUCGACGAGUCCGUCUUGCAAACGACAGAGCCAAGGCCGGGACGCCGUCGCCGUGGGCGCGACAGCAAGCGCAGCGGGCUGAAGAACAUGUCCGUCGCAUGCAUGACGGCAGAUUUUGCCGUGCAAAACGCGCUGCUCCAGAUGGGGCUCAAUUUGGUCAGCACAGACGGGAUGCAAAUCGAGCGCGUCAAGAGCUGGGUCCUGCGCUGCCACGCAUGCUACAAGAUCUGCAAGGAUCCGGAACGCAAGUUCUGCCCAUCGUGUGGUGGGGCGACAUUGCUCCGCACGUCCGUGACGACAGGCACAGACGGCGAUGCAGGGAUGCAGGUGCACUUGAAACCAAACUUUCAGUACAAAAAUCGCGGCACGCGCUACUCGCUUCCGCUCCCGCAGCCGGGAAGCUCUUCCGGAGGUCGGCCAAGCGGCUCAAGCAAGAACCCAAAAACAGGAGUUCCCAUUCUGCGCGAGGACCAGCCGGAAUGGCAGCGUGGACUCGCAAAGCAGCGUAUUCAGCAGAACAAGGAAGAACGCGAGCUCCAGAAGAGCUUGGCACAAGGCAAGGACUCGUUGUCUGCAUGGUACGCCGACCCGGACUGGAUGCCGGAAAUGCUCAUGGGACGACAGAGGAAUGCUAACAAUGACUUGCCGGCACUCGGUAUCGGGCGAAAAAAUCCGAACGAGCGCCGGCGACGGAAGAAGUAA